AUGGCCGGUAGUACUCCCAGCAUACAGUCAAAGGAUGCCGCCGACCGCCUCAGUCCGCCGCACCUGUCGCUGGCAUCACGCAGCGUGCACGCCGAUGACGGUAUCUCAGCCCACCGUGCCGUCGCUCCAGCACUCCAUGUGUCAAGCACGUUUCGGUACAGCUCUGACCCAGAAGAGCUCGUAACCCUGGGAAACGUGGACCCCUUGGCCCCCCGCGACUCUCAUAUCUACUCGCGCGUCUCGGGCCCCAACACCACUCGCCUUGAGGCGGUCUACACCUCGAUCCUCGGUGGCGAGGCGCUCACGUACACGUCUGGCUUGGCCGCCUUCCAUGCCAUGCUCGUGUUCCUGAACCCAAAGCGCAUUGCCAUCGGUGACGGAUACCACGGAUGCCACGGUGUCAUCCAGCUACUCUCCCGGCUUACAGGACUUAAGCAGCUGCCUCUUGACUGUGCGAUCGAGGAACUGCAGCCUGGAGAUGUGAUCCACGUCGAGACACCACUCAACCCCACCGGCGAGGCUCGUGACCUUGCAUUCUAUGCCGAGAAGGCUCGCAAGGCCGGCGCAUACCUCACUGUGGACGCGACAUUUGGCCCGCCUCCCCUCCAGCGACCCUUGGACUUUGGCGCCGAUGUGGUCAUGCACUCGGGCACAAAGUACCUCGGCGGCCACUCGGACCUCCUGUGUGGUGUCCUGGCCUUCAACCCCAAGCGCGGCGACGAGUGGAUCAACCAGCUCAGAUCCGACCGGGUGUUCUUGGGCAGCGUCAUGGGCUCGCUGGAGGGAUGGCUGGGGCUCCGUUCGGUGCGCACCCUCGAGUUGCGCGUCAAGCAGCAAAGCGAGAGCGCGACGGAGAUUGUCCGCUGGUUGGAGGAGCAACGAAAGGAGCCCAACUCGCCCGUCGCGGCUCUCGUGGAGCGCAUCCAGCACGCCAGUCUCCAGCCAGAAGCCAGCCAGCCGGGCUCAUGGCUCCAAAAGCAGAUGCCAAACGGCUACGGACCCGUGUUUGCCAUUUGGCUGCCGGACUCUGACACGGCCAAGCGACUCCCAUCCAAGCUCGAGCUGUUUGCUCAUGCGACGAGUUUGGGCGGCGUCGAGAGCUUGAUUGAGUGGCGCGCCAUGUCGGACAGUACAGUUGACCCACGGCUGCUGCGGGUCAGCAUUGGCGUCGAGGGGGUCGAGGACCUCAAGGCGGACCUCCUCCAUGGUCUGGGGGAACUGCUCAAGGAGCGCAAGUAG